AUGCACCCUGCGACUGACCCUGCAACGGACUCUGCGACGGCCCUCGCUGUACUCCGUAGCGGACCUAGCUUUAAGGAGAACAGCGUACCUGUGACUGUAUCCGGUGACUCGCAAACAGUGGAGCCCGGGACAGCAGGGCAGGACAGAGCGGUGGGACGAGCGGAGGAGGCACAUGGCAGGAAAGCUGAAUGGAAGGACAAGGGAGUAGAUACGUCAGGAGGAGAGAGAGGAGAGGAAGAAGGAGGAGGAGGAGGUGGAGGAGGAGGAGGGGAGUUGCAGGGAUCCCCAGGAAGUGAGGCGAGAGGUGUAGCACAGGGUGCCGCAGCGACGGUUGCGGCGACCGCGGUGGUGAUGGCGACGGGAGACGCGGCGAAGGAGGCGGGAGACGACGACGCGGUGGUGCGCGCGGGGCGCAGCGAUACGGGGUGGCAGUGGAUGGAGAAGGUGCGCGGGAGCGCGGGCAUGGCGGCACAACCGGCGCAGCUGACGCAGUGCAUAGAGCGGUCCAAGACGCAUAAAGUCCCUGCGGCACGCACCAACGGCUACCUGGUUGUUACGGCCAACGGAGGACUCAACCAGAUGCGCGCAGCGAUAUGCGACAUGGUGGCCGUGGCUCGUCUCAUGAAUGCCACGCUGCUGCUGCCUCGCCUCGACCACUCCUCCUUCUGGGCCGACCCCAGCGAGUUUUCGGACAUCUUCGAUAUAGAGCAAUUCAUUAAGGUGCUGCAGCCUGAUAUCCGCAUUGUGCGGUCGCUGCCUGUCCACCUGCAGUCCGUGCAGGCGCCAGAGAUUCAACCCAUAUCCUGGUCUAACGCGUCCUACUACAAGGAUCAGCUGCUGCCGUUGCUGAAGAAGCACCAAGUGCUCUCCUUCCCUCUCUCCGAUUCACGCCUCGCCAACAACCGCCUGCCAGCGUCGCUGCAGCGCCUGCGGUGCCGUGCCAACCAGCAGGCACUGGCUCACACGGAGCCCAUACAGGCCGCGGCCAGGGAGGUGGUGCAGCGGCUCAGGGAGCGAGGCCCGCGCUUCAUAGCACUGCACUUAAGGUAUGAGAAGGACAUGUUGGCGUUCACGGGGUGUGAGCACGGGCUGAGCGCGCAGGAGGGCGAGGAGCUGAGGGCGAUGCGCAUGGCGGUGGCGCGGUGGAAGGAGAAGGACAUCAACGGGGAGACCAGGCGCCGCGACGGGCUGUGCCCGCUCACACCACGCGAGACGGCGCUCAUGCUGAGGGCGCUGGGCUUUGGCAAUGACACGGUGCUGUACGUGGCCGCUGGCCCCAUCUACGGCUCCAAGGGCCUUCAGGAUCUGGAGGCUAUUUUCCCCAACACCUUCACCCACUCCACCAUCCUGCCGCCAUCGCAGCUCGCCUCACUAUUGCCCUUCCAGAACCGCCUGGCAGCUGUGGACCACGAGGUUUCGGUACAGAGCGAUGCGUUUGUGUUCACGUAUGAUGGCAACAUGGCCAGAAUGGUGCAGGGGCACCGGCGGUUUCACGCGCAUGUGCCUACCAUCGACCCUGAUAAGUGA